CAAUACUAUUUAAAAAAAAAACACAUAAAUAAUUUUAAAUAUACGACUGACACAAUAAGAAUUCAAAAAAUCAAAUAUAGAUUUCGAGCUUCAACGCCUCGAACUGAAAAAAAAAUAUCAGCUAUCAAAAGGAGAGGGUAAAAAAUUCGCGAGCAUAUUUUCCGGUCUAUCGUCGCGUUCUAGGUCGGUUGUAGCUUCGCCGUCCAUCGGUCGGGCAGAGACGGAUCCGUGAGCUCGCAUGAAUUUGCCCGGCGAAUAGAAUUUUCGAUCAGCUAUGCGGUGUUGGCCGUCGUGCCUGUCAACCACUUGUCGUGCCGCUUGUCGUACGAAUCUGCAAAUCGCAUUUUACCGGUUCCACCACAUUCUAUGCGUGAUCACCCAGUGCAUCGUUCCCGUAACGGCGACGGCGAGCUGCGCAUGCCAAAGCAAACGGAGAAAAACACUUUUGAUGUUUCGCCGAUACUGUCGCGCUUUCUCUUCGCUCGGGAAAUAUACAUGGCUUCGAUCGCACGCGGGUUUAUGAUAAAACGAUGGUAAAAAGAUGGUAAAAAGAAACAAUUGUGAAAUACAUACCGGUUUACGUAUUGCAUUUAUACGAUCUACUGAAUCUUUUCCUCUUCCGCUCUCGGUGUAAAUAUUGUUAAAAAGUAGAUUAUACUUUUAUUCACGGUUGCGUAUCUCUCGUGCAAGAAAUUCCUCAUUGUUGAAGCAUUAAUUAAGAAUGAUAAACACUUCUAAAUAGGACACGCACACACUCCUUGUAAAAUCGAUAAAAUGUAUAAUUUUUCCACGAGAUACAUGCUUGUGUACUUUCUGUAAAUUGCCUAUUUAUAGAAUGUCAAAUUAUAAUUUGAUAUUUAUCGAUAUGUCAAAUUGUAAUAUGCAUUCUGUAAAUGCAAUUGGUCUUUUUACUCUUUCGAAAUGUGAAUAAUUUCAAAAUAUAGAUUUCAGACGGAAUAACAUGUACGUACAUAUCGAUUUUGAAGUAAUAUUAUUACGGCUAGCUUUUAUAAAAAAGAAAUCGCGCAUCUCUAUCUAAAUUGUACUUGUCGCAGACUACGCAGACAAGUUUUUAUUUUUACAUUGCCUAAGUCAAUAGGCGUAAAAUUCAUAAUUUACACGAAUUAUGCACGUAGAAACGCAUUACGCGCAUGGUUACCGUUAAAUUGGUUGCUAUAUUAAUAGCUACUAUUUAUGACACUCGAUCCCGCGAAAUCCAUUAUCGACGCGUUUGCGUAACAAUUUCGAUGUAAUUAGUCUCUAUGCAUAGCUAAGUAGCAUGGCCACCAACGAAUAUUCAAAUAUUACAUCAACAUAAUUUUCUGGAAGGAUUAUCCGUGGAAAAGUUCGUACGUCAUCUUGCCCAAAUGUCACAACAAACAAUCAUUUAAAAAAAAAAAAAAAAACGUCGUUCCAUUAGCAAAUGUUCAUUUGCUCGCAACGUUCGUUUGCUCCAAUGUUAUUAAUAUCAAUUUUUUAGGCCGCGAGCUUUGGUCGAUCGGAGCUCUUGUCUACCUUAAAAUUCAUGGCACGACAAAUAUGUUCAGUUAGCAAAUGAAAAUCGAUCGCGCAAAAUGUCAAGUACGAUCAAAACGUUCUAUCAUUCUAAAGAUUGAACUCAUUGGGAUCGCGGUUUAAAGCAAAUAAUGAAUACUUACAAAUAACUUUUCGUUGCUCUUUAAUACACAGAAUCGAAUUUGUGAUUUAGCUGUCGGGUCAGUGUUAUUUGAGCAAAAUAUGCGAUACAUUAAAAUACUUGAGAAGUAUUUCCAUGGAAGUAUAAUUGCAUAAGCUCUGUAGAAUUUUUUAGAAAUCGUAAAAGAGAUCCCAUUUUACAUGAAGCUAUUUCACACUUAAAAAAAUGUUUUUUGAUACAAAAAUAUUUCAUACACAGAGUUGGCGUGUAUUCCAGACUAGAAAUAUGGAAUAUUUCCUUCUCACUAGUGGUAAAUAGAAAUAAAAAUUUCUUGAAAAUGUGGAAUAAUAUAUUAUUACACGGAAUAUGAAUCGGUCUUCAUUUUUACGUCGUUCUGGAUACUGAAUUCAAGAUAAAACGGCACCGUUACAAAAUUCAUGAUAUAGUGCCAAUAUCUGGCAUUUCGUGAGAGUGCGGUUCGUGUGGUUUUACAAACGAUCGACUUGAUCUGGAAAUCGAUACCCCAACAUCGGUCACAAAAAACUGCCUGCACCGAUGAUAUUGCAGCCUGUGUUCCGUGUAUCUAUGAUGAAACAUGUCGAAUGCUUCGAAAUUAUUUCAGAAAUACUUAUCAGAAUCUCUCCAUCAGUUAGUCACCCUACGUUGCAUUAUCGACGUUAUCUUCGUUAACAUUGCAUUAUGCCGUAAUACAGCUUGUCAAUACUGUAUUGUAUUUGAACCUGUUCUAAGUUCCGCAUGAGAAACAUGCAACGACUUCCGGCAAAUCGAUUCGUAUAUUAUUUAUUGAGACAACCUACAUGACGCCGUUCUUCUUCGGAAAUAGAUUCCGGUACUUUAGCUCAAGCUCUUCGUAACCAGAAAUAUUCACGAACCCUUUUCCCUCGACUUUGACGAAUCUCGAUAGGUUUUUAGAACAAAUGAGAAUCACUUUGUCAAGUACCUUUGUUUCUAUUAGCAUUCGAAAUCGAUGAUUUAAACAUUGGCAAAGCCAUCAACACUAUAUAUCUGAAAUAGAAAUGAUUAAAGUUCGAUAGUAGAUUAUGUAAAUUAACAUAGCAAACAUAACAUUCGAGAAAUUAAAUUUUAUUUUUUAUAAUUUCCAAUAAUUUGAUUUAGCUUUGCAAGUCAUUCUCAAUUCUCCAAAAUGAGAUUAUCGUUAACGAAAAAAGAGUUAGAAAAAAGUUGAUACAUGUUCUUAUUAUAUAUAAAUAUUCCAAGCGUAUCAAAAUCAGAGCGAAGAUAUAAGUCGAAAAGUACUGAUCUCGUCUAUCGUGUUCGGGAAUAGAUUAGCGAAUGUCAGAGCUGAAUGCGAAAUGCUCUUUGAAGAUUCAAUGAAGGAUGAUAGAUCCGGUGGAUUGCGGUAAUGCCUCGACAGCCGCUUGAAAGUGGUUGCGCGAACAGAUGCACGACUUCUCUCGAAUUUUCCCCGUGACUGUGCAAGACUUUAAAAUUCUACGAUAUCAGAGAAGUGUUUCUCAAUCUCUUCAGUUUUAAUAUAAAAUUAAAUCCGAGAGAGAGAGAGAGAGAGAGAGAGAGAGGGGUGAUAAAGUUAAAUUUUCUUGUUAUAUCAAUUAAUUGGCAUGUAACUGGCGCCAAGGAAAAAGGAUAAAAAAAUACAGGAUCAAAGGUAAGAAAAGGGGAUAAACUAGAACUAAUAUAUGGCUUAGUAUAUUUUAUAUAUAACUAUGUGAGCUACUUUUGCUAAAAGUACCAAGACUACCUUGACAUACUUCCUCGAUUGCGGUCCAACUUUAGUUUGAACACAACUGGUGCGGAACUUUUUAGAUGUGCGUAUUUUAUAAGACAUAUUACAUGAAGAAAGAGAGAGAGAGAGAGAGAGAGAGAGAGAGAGAGAGAGAGAGAAAGGGAGACCAAGAGGGAGGAGGGGGAAAAGAGAAAGAAAGAGAGCAAAAUAGCUUCGGAAUUUUCACAUUCAUAAAUUCUUUCCGAGAAUUUCGUGCGCUAUAGCUUUCACAGGUAAUAUAAUUUAUCUGAUCUCAUAAACAUCAUUUCAUGUUAAUCAGAUUCGUUUAACAAUCAAGAAAGAUUUUUACGGGAUUUGAGAAGACAUUUUGAGAAUCACUGACGUGUACGAUAGACGAUCUUAAUCUGCAUGAUCAUUUCCAUAACAUCCCCUAUAUAAGCCCCAUCUGGUUCGUCUCCUUCAUCGAUCGCUUUCUCCAAGAUCAAUCUGUGUCGCAACCGAGAUGAAAAUUAAUCCGAGCAUUUCGCGCGCUUAAUUAGUCGAAGCUACAAUAUUCGUUAUAUAUGGACUGGCACUUUGGUAGCCGGCACCGCCGCCAUGUUUUGCCGCCGUGUUGUUUACGGCUAUGUGCAUCAGCACGUCGUCGUAGAAUGUCCUGAAUUUGCGGACGGCAUUCCAUGCGUACCGAUCGAAAUUUAACGCAGCUUUAAUCCAAAGCAAAUGUAACUAUAUUUAAACGGUUGUUAGUGCCGGAUAUUCGCCAUAAUCUCGAAUAAUCUGUUGACGAGCGCUAUUACCGACCUAUCCACAUAUUACGCACGCUCGUGCUCGUCGUUGGAUACUACCACCAUUCCCUCUCUUUCCCUGUCAGCAACAAAUUCCUCUCAGAGAAUGUUUAAUAGCAAAAGUUAGAUACAAUUUUUUAAAUUAUAAAGUAAAAGGGUAACAAAAUUUAACGUCAUAUGUACUUUAACAAAAAAGUUAAUAAGGAAUUAUCAAGGUAAUCAUAAUAACUUUGAAAAUUCUUUCAAGUUACAACGAUGAAACAAGUUCUCUGGGAUAUACAGCUCUUUUCGCGAAAUGGUGUGCCAAUAGUGCAGAGCAUUGACACUUAUUUGAGAUGAACUACUCUCAGACAGACUUGGAGAUGCGAUAUCAGGAUAUUUCACAUGCCAAAGAGAGAGUGCAAAGGAGACAUUCCGUCUCGCACUUGACAGCACGUUAUAUGAAAUACGCAUUACGAAUCGCGUCUUUUAUUUACAUUUCUCCAUCUUCCACUUUCGAGGGAAGAGCACCCGUCCUUCUACGCGAAUUUAGUGCGAGACGCACGAGAAGUAGAGCGCUGAAUAAGUGCUGAAUCAAAGUUCUGCAUUCAGCCGAGCGUGUCCUGGCCGCGAACUCGAAGCACGCGCACAACCCCUUCGGAACGGGAACGUAAAACUAUUUGGAAUCGCGUUCUCGGAGUAAUUGAAAAAAAAAAAAGAUUCGAAAAAAGAGAAGACGCGAUAAAGAUCAAAACAAAAACGUACCUUUAAACAUUCAAGAUAUUGUCAUUUGUAUGCAUUCAAUGUUCAUGUAAAAAUGGAUUUUAUUUUCUGGAGGGUAAAAUUCUUUAGCUGAUUUUUUAUAUGAAAGAGAGGGAUUAAGAAAAUUACAUUAAUAUUUUUUCUCGUCGCAUAUUUUAUGAUUUACGUUUGAAUUUUAUACAGAUACACAUAUGUGUGAAAAUGGCAAUUUAUUUAAUAUAAAAUACAGUAACAAGCAUUUAUGAAAACAACUGUAUUGCCUUUUCUGAAAUUAAAAAUUAUUAUGAUUUUCACGUGCAGGUAAUUAUGGAGCGCUUCCGCUGAGGUCAUUCAUAUAGAGAUUUCAUUGUCUAAUUCUCAGCUAUUUGAUUGAUCAAUGGAAAUACCACAGUGGUUAAACGUGAUUAUACCAUGGCAUUUACCCCUCCUGUUUCCCACUCUUCAAUUAAUGAGCCAAAUAACGCCGAGUGGUGUGUUACAAAGGGCGAUUUAGAAUUGUGUCAAGUACACAUGAUUUCACCCGAAACACACGGAUCCAAAAGAAGCAUCGGCAACUCCCCAUAGAAUUUCACUUAAUAAAACAUGUCCAAUCUCAUUUUAGCUAAUCGGCUACCUCGCAUUUGCGUGCGUAAUAAGGCUUAGCUUUCCGAAUUAAGGCAGAGCGUGAACUUUCCUCCCGAAUGAAGUUCUACUGCUCCCGCUCUUGGCCCUCUAAUUUAUCUAUCUAUCGUUGCUGCGAGCAACACUUUAUUCGCGUUCCGCUCGCCGAGAUUUGCUCGCCGUCCUACGUAUAGCUGCAGGUGUACGCCACCAGCAGCGGGACGCAUUCCGACGAGUCCGCGUUUUGCGUUACGCGGUGACACAGUAUAUUGACUGAGGGUGGAUUGUGCGCCUCCGACUGAUUUGGCGCGGCUGCGCAAAUCUGGGGCCCCGCGCGCUCGACGGCCGUCGGCCCUCGUAUAUACCCAUUGCUUUCCCCGCGUGUGUAUCGCACGUAGCAAGUUUCGCGCGCGAGUCCGUGCCUCGUCCCGCUUUGUCCCCGGCGAGGAAUAGCUGUCCCGCUGCCACCACCGUCGGUAUCGGCCACCGCCACCGCCGACGCCGUCGUCGACGCCGACGCCGAUGCUCUCUCUCUCUCUCUCUCUCUUUCUCUCUCUUACUUUCCGUCGGAUUCUCCCUCCUAUUCGCCGAUCGUCCGUUACCCUCUCUCUUUCCCUCCCGCUCUCUCGCUUCCUCGACUGUUCCGUUCGCACUCCACGUUCCUCCCUUUUCUCGCCGUCUUCCGUCUCUCGAUCGCUCCUCUCUCCCACUGGACCGUUUUCCGCGACCGUCGCAACCGGGCAUCCGCGAUCACACACGUGCACACAAAGACGAUAAGAAAUCUUUGCCGAUGACAGACCCAGCGCAGGACGUGCCGAUACACGUCGGUGCUGACCCGCGGUGAGAUAACGCCGCGCGAGAUAUAACGGGGUGCGCGGAAUCGAGGCGCGCGCGAUUCGACGCGCGGCGGGAAUCCCGUCAGAAGCGGACGGAAGCGGGUGACGCGAGGAGCGUGUGUAACGAAUUUCCGAGUUUCCUCGACGACUGAACGACGCCAGUGUCUGUGCAGACCGAAAAGACAGCGAGAUCGUAGCGAAUCCUCCGCCAGUGACGUGUGCGUGCACUUGUGCCCGUAGGUGUUUUACCUACGUCGGUCGGUCGGUCGAGGUCGGUGGUCAGAGUCAGAGAUAAACGUCCUCCUCUCCCGGGCUCGCUUAGUAGCCGUUUGUGAGUGUACGUGUAUGUGUGUAUGCACGUGAGAGAGUGUGCGUCGACCGGCGCGACAGUUCCGACCGGCGUGAGGUCGACCGGAAACGGUAAACUAGGUGAUACCGUCUCCGCUGAGAAAACCGGUAGUGGCAGCCUGGUCUAGUGCGGUCUAGUGUGGUCUGGGUCCGUUGUCUAUAUCGGGCCGGCUCAUUUAUGUGAUGAACGUGGUUUAAUGGUUGAUCCGCUAAAACUCUUCUGGGUUAUUACCAACAGCACCUACCUGGUAACAAAAUUCAUCCGCAUUGGGAUAGCUGACAAGAACGAUAAUCCCCCAUAUUUCGACAAGGGCCUCUACGAGGCUGAAGUAGACGAAAAUGAGGAUAUUCAGCACACCGUGCUCACCGUCACCGCCAAAGAUCACGACGAGUCCUCGCGUAUUCGAUACGAGAUCACGAGCGGGAACAUAGGCGGCGCAUUCGCCGUGAAAAACAUGACCGGCGCCAUUUACGUCGCGGGUGCGUUGGACUAUGAGACGAGGAAGAGGUACGAGCUUCGGCUUACUGCGUCGGACAACUUGAAGGAGAAUUACACGACGGUUGUAAUUCACGUGAAGGACGUAAACGACAACCCGCCCGUCUUCGAGCGGCCAAAUUACAGAACACAAAUUACCGAGGAAGACGACAGAACUUUGCCGAAACGCGUCCUCGGGGUCACCGCGACUGACGGGGAUAAGGAUAGACCGCAAAACAUCGUCUACUUCCUGACUGGGCAGGGUAUCGAUCCCGAUAAUCCCGCGAACAGCAAGUUCGACAUCAACCGCACGACCGGAGAGAUCUUUGUUCUGAAGCCGCUGGACAGAGACCAACCGAAUGGCCGGCCACAGUGGCGGUUCACCGUGUUUGCUCAGGACGAGGGCGGAGAGGGUCUCGUGGGUUACGCCGACGUCCAAGUUAACCUCAAGGACAUCAAUGACAACGCCCCGAUAUUCCCGCAGGGUGUCUACUUCGGCAACGUCACCGAGAACGGCACCGCAGGAAUGGUGGUCAUGACGAUGACAGCCGUGGAUUACGAUGAUCCAAACGAAGGCACGAAUGCAAGACUUAUCUAUUCCAUUGAGAAGAACGUCAUUGAGGAGGAGACCGGCUCGCCCAUAUUCGAAAUUGAAUCGGAAACUGGUGUGAUCAAGACCGCCGUAUGCUGCUUGGACCGAGAGCGCACCCCGGAUUAUUCUAUACAAGUCGUCGCGAUGGAUGGAGGGGGGUUAAAGGGUACGGGGACGGCGUCGAUACGGGUCAAAGACAUAAACGACAUGCCACCGCAGUUUACGAAGGACGAGUGGUUUACCGAAGUGGACGAGACGGAAGGACCAGAUCUGCCAGAGAUGCCGAUACUCACCGUAACCGUUCAUGACGAGGACGAAACUAAUAAAUUCCAAUACAAGGUAAUCGAGAACAGCGGUUACGGUGCCGAUAAAUUUACUAUGGUACGAAACAAUGAUGGCACAGGAUCAUUGAAAAUCGUGCAAUCGCUGGAUUACGAGGACCAACUGCAGAGUAAUGGCUUUAGAUUUAGGAUACAAGUGAACGAUAAAGGCGAGGACAAUGACAACGACAAGUAUCACGUGGCCUACUCCUGGGUGGUGGUGAAAUUGCGGGAUAUCAAUGACAAUCAACCACAAUUCGAGAAAGCCAAUAUAGAGACCACUGUGCCGGAGAACGCCCGCAUAGGUAGCAGUCUGGAAACAUUCAAGGCCACUGAUCCAGAUCAAGGUGGCAAGAGCAAGGUCUCCUAUUUUAUCGACAGAAGUUCCGACCGAAAGAGACAGUUCUUCAUCAACGAAAAUGGCACCGUAUCGAUACAGAGAAGCCUUGAUCGCGAAGAAACUCCUCGGCAUCAGGUUAAAAUUUUGGCGAUCGACGACGGAAUACCACCGAAAACCGCGACAGCUACACUAACAGUCGUUGUACAGGACAUUAAUGAUAAUCCACCGAGAUUCCUUAAGGACUAUCGUCCAGUUGUGCCGGAACACUCGCAAACCAAGAAAGUCGUCGAAAUCCUUGCCACUGAUGAUGACGAUCGAUCGAGGAGCAAUGGCCCACCGUUUACUUUCCGAAUGGAUCCCAACGCGCAAGACGUUAUUAGAGCCAGCUUCAAAGUCGAGAGCGAUAACAAGGGGGCCAACGGAGAUGGAAUGGCCGUAGUGUCAUCCUUGCGAUCCUUCGACAGAGAACAACAAAAAGAAUACCUGAUUCCUAUCGUCAUCAAGGAUUCCGGUAAUCCUUCUAUGUCUGGGACCAGCACCUUAACGGUUAUCGUAGGAGACGCUAACGAUCAUAAAAUGCAGCCUGGCUCGAAGGAGAUCUUUGUAUAUAAUUACGCAGGACAAUCGCCAGACACCGAGAUAGGUAGGGUGUAUGUGUACGAUCUGGACGACUGGGAUCUGCCGGACAAAAAAUUCUAUUGGGAAGGAUUGGAGCACGCGCAAUUUAGGCUUGAUGAGGACUCUGGGAUGAUUUACAUGAAAUCCGGGACGCACGACGGCAAAUAUCAUCUACGGUUCAAGGUCUACGAUAGGAAGCACACGCAGACGGACGUGCCCGCGAACGUGACUGUCAUUGUCAAGAGCAUCCCGCACGAGGCGGUGCUAAAUUCAGGAUCGGUUCGAAUAUCCGGGAUAUCGGACGAGGACUUUAUUCGCGUGUGGAAUUAUCGGAAUCAAACUAUGUUGCGGAGCAAAGCCGAUCUAUUCAGGGAGAAGCUGGCACAUCUGUUGAAUAUAGACAAAGAAAAUGUGGAUGUUUUCAGCGUUCAAUUGAGGAGAGUUCAUCCACCAGUGACAGAUGUCAGAUUCGCAGCGCACGGAUCAUUGUAUUACAAAUCAGUCAGGCUUAACGGCAUCGUACUUAUGAAUCGCGACAAGAUCCAGCAAUAUGUGGGUAUCAAUAUAACUAUGGUCAAUAUCGACGAGUGUUACUACGAGAACGAGAUGUGCGAAGGCAGUUGCACGAACACUCUUGAUAUCAGCAAUCUGCCGUACAUGGUGAACGCAAACAGAACCGCCCUCGUCGGCGUACGCGUGGAUGUGAUAGCCGAGUGUACUUGCGGGGCGCGAAAUUUCAGCAAGGGCGAGUCCUGCAGGAACAGCCCCUGCUACAAUGGCGGACGCUGUGUGGAAGAUCGGUUUGGAUUAUCAUGUCAGUGUCCAUCUGGCUACAACGGUCCGAGAUGUCAACAGACCGCUAGGAGUUUCCGAGGCACCGGUUGGGCAUGGUAUCCCGCUUUGGAAAUGUGCGACAACAGUCACCUGAGCUUUGAGUUUAUCACAAGAAGAGCUGACGGACAGUUAUUGUAUAAUGGUCCAAUCGUUCCUCCCGAAAAGGACGAAGUAAUAGUUUCUGAUUUUAUUUCGGUCGAAUUGGAGCGCGGUAUACCAAAGCUAUUGAUCGAUUUUGGAUCUGGUAAUUUGGAGCUGAAAGUGAAACCAAAGAAGACUUUGGAUGACGGCGAAUGGCAUCGGAUUGACAUUUUCUGGAAUACGGAGACCGUGAAGCUCAUCGUCGACUACUGCAAGUCCGCGGAGAUAUCCGAGCUGGAGGACGGAAGCUCGCCGGAAUUCAACGACACCAGUUGCCAAGCCACGGGCACAAUACCGCCAUUCAAUGAGUACCUAAACGUAAAUACGCCACUGCAGAUCGGCGGUCUCUACAUAUCGCAGUUCGAACUGACGGACUACAAAUGGAAGCACAUGCCGUUGGCCAAGGGCUUCGACGGCUGCAUCAAGAAUCUCUUCCACAACAGCAAGCUGUACGACCUCGCACAUCCGGGUCUCUCGCGGAACAGCGUCGCUGGUUGCCCGCAGACGGAGGAAAUUUGCAACAAUCAGGAGGCGACCUUCCGAUGCUGGGAACACGGCACUUGCGCUGGCAGCUUCACCGAGGCGAGAUGCCAGUGUAAUCCCGGCUGGACCGGUCCCGGUUGCAUGACGCCGACAAUCCCGACCACCUUCAAACCUCAGAGCUACGUCAAAUAUGCCCUGUCCUUCGAGCCGGAUAAGUACUCCACUCAGAUGCAACUGAGAUUCCGCACCCGGGAGAUUCACGGCGAAUUGUUCAGAGUGAGCGAUCAGCAUAAUAGGGAAUACGCCAUUUUGGAGAUCAAAGACAGCAGGUUGCACUUCAGGUAUAAUCUGAACAGUCUUAGGACAGAAGAGCGAGAUAUCUGGCUCUCGGCAAUAGCCGUCGAUGACGGACAGUGGCACACGGUGAGAGUGUCGAGAUACGGAUCCGCCGCAACUUUGGAGCUGGACGGUGGCGAAGGACGAAGAUUUAAUGAGACCUUCUCCUUCGAGGGUCACCAGUGGCUUCUCGUAGACAAACAGGAAGGUGUUUACGCGGGUGGCAAGGCAGAAUACACUGGCGUCCGCACAUUUGAAGUUUAUGCGGAUUAUCAGAAAGGUUGUUUGGACGACAUAAGAUUAGAAGGAAAGCAUCUUCCUUUACCACCUGCCAUGAACGGGACUCAAUGGGGUCAAGCAACGAUGGCACGAAACUUGGAAAGGAAUUGCCCGUCGAAUAAACCGUGCGCCAAUGUCAUCUGUCAGGAUCCCUUCGAGUGUAUCGAUCUCUGGAACGAGUAUGACUGCACUUGCGGGGAGGGAAGGAUUCCCUCGCCGGAUAACAAAGGCUGCAUGGAUAAAAACGAGUGCAUCGACUAUCCCUGCCUGAACGGUGGCAGAUGCAUCAAUCAGGACCCGCGAUUCCGGUACCGAUGCAUUUGUCCCGAUGGCUUUUGGGGCGAGAACUGCGAGCUAGUCCAAGAGGGUCAAACGCUCAAGCUGAGCAUGGGCGCGUUGGCGGCGAUUCUCGUCUGCCUUCUCAUCAUUCUCGUUCUCGUGUUGGUAUUCGUCGUCUACAACAGAAGACGUGAAGCGCACAUAAAGUAUCCCGGUCCGGAUGACGACGUGAGAGAAAACAUCAUCAACUAUGACGACGAGGGUGGCGGAGAGGACGACAUGACCGCGUUCGAUAUCACACCCCUGCAGAUCCCGAUCGGUGGCCCGAUACCGGAAAUGGGCGGCAAAUUACCUCCGUGUAAAGUAGCCUAUCCACUUGGACCGGAGCCGAAUGUCGGUGUCUUCAUCGAAGAUCAUAAGAAGAGAGCUGACAGCGAUCCAAACGCACCGCCUUUCGACGAUUUACGGAAUUACGCGUACGAAGGUGGUGGAAGCACCGCGGGUUCUCUGGAAUCACUAGCUUCCGGAACGGAUGAUGAGCAGCACGAGUACGAGUAUUUAGGCGCCUGGGGCCCGAGAUUCGACAAGCUGGCCGACAUGUACGGCCCGACGGAGGAAAGCGAGGAGGAGGAAUAAUCAGCCGAGAACACAGCCGAGUCUCCACGUCACGCCACGCCGAGUAACGCGAUCCACAUCAUCCGAACGGGUAUUCGUGAGACCUCAGUCGGGACGACCUGAGCCGUCACGUCGGAUGACAGGGAUCACGAAAAUUCAGAGGAAGACCUCGAGGGAGGAAGAGUGCACGCGCCACUCUUCGCCAAGGGUGACGAGUUGUCCUCGACGUACGGCGAGGGACAAACUUCCUCGCAGUUGUGCAGCUAGUGAAAGUACUAAAUUAUACGUGACGAUAACGUCGUGUCAUCCGCGGUGCGUGCACACAACAUACACGGCCACACAUGGUAUUCUUGGGGUCUCAAAGGUGCAUAAAGGAACGUUGUAACAACGCGACUGUAGCACGUAGAAGGAAGGGUGGUAAACGAAAGGCGGAGGAGUCGCAGCAUAUACCUAUCUGUAUAGUACGUCAUACGUAGUGAAAUAUCCAAAGACAUACGCGGCAAGACUUUUUCUAACGUGAUUCCCCACCCUCCCCCUUUCCCCUCGCAUUGAUCCCGCUCAUCGAUCAUCAACGGUCACACCAUCGGUAAAUCAAUCACCCACCUGCAUAUACUUAUAUAUACAUAAUAUGCGUGUAGGUGUAAUAUCGUUUUGUUGUCGUCAAUGUCGGAUCUUAGAUCGGCGUGUCGUCCUCGCGCAGCCGGGAUUAUCGUUCAUUUAUUUAAAUGUCGCGAAUCGGGCGGAACGUGUUAGAUGUGUUGUAAACGACAUUAAUCAAGGGCAUUCACAUACAUUCGAACAUAUAUACAUACACAUAUACAUAUAUGCGUCGUAGAGGUGUGCGACUCGAGAUUUUUUUAUGACAAUUCGAGUCGAAUUUCGACAAAAUUUUGUCCGAAUCGAAUCGUUGAAACACAACUUAUAAUUACCAACAUAAUUAUUGUUUUAGUUUUAAUUCUAAGAUACACAUAAUAAAGGAAGUGUAAGAAAAGUUAUCUAAGAAAAAUAAUUUUGAUUAUCUGUUAUUAAGUCAUUUUACAUAAAAAAAAAAUUGUCAAUAUAUAUACGAUUUGUAUUUGAUCGUCUUAGAUUAUUCGUAAUUUUCGGAUUAAAAUUUGCAGGUAAGAUUCGAUUCGAUUCGUAUUUGAAUAGUUCGCACAUCUCGUAAUACGUUGACACGAAUUUUGAGAAUACCGUUUAAGAACGGCACAAUUCGUCGUCAUCGUCACCGUUGACGAUGAUUUCUCGUUUCUUCGUCACGCGAAACUCUCUCUUCGUUUGUUCGUUCUUCUGCACGAGUCCCGCAGGGACGUAUCCUCGACAAACGUACGAUUUCGUUCUCUUGAAUGCGGAGGAGUCCUGGAAGCAACGCACUCUCGUUCAUGACGGACGAUCCUACCGUAGAUAGUCUGCCAUAAUAGGAAUUGUCGUUAAGGUAUCGUUAGUUGUCGCGACAUCGGCUCAUUGUCGUCAUCGUCAUCGUCACCGCCAUCCUCACCGAAUAGCAUUAUAUACUAUUAAAUAUUAUAAUAUAUAUUAUAUAAAUAUAUUAUAAAUAUGGAUUUAUAUAUAUAGAGGCGCACGAUGAAAUGAAGAGGGGAAAUUGAUUAAUACCUAAUAACGUAGAAGGUCCGUGAGAGGCAUGAGUUACCGUGCGUGCACAAUGUAAUUAUUAUAAUUACGGCAUAGCGGACAUAAAAUCUAAAUAUAUAAAUACAAAUAUAAAUAUAUAUAUAUAAAUAUAAAUACAAAUAUAUAUUAUGCAUAUACAUACAAACAGAGAACACGUACGAACAUACAGACAACACAGAGAGAGAGAGAGAGAGAGAGAGAGAGAGAAAGAGAUGAGAAUCGCAUUCGCUAAAAUAUGCUCACCGUUGAUAUAUCUCGAUAGUUUUAAUAUUUAUUUUACGUCACAUCUCUCAAGGGAAAUCGGAGCGCGAAGAGCACGCGACACGGGGUAUACGUGUGCACGAGGAGCCAAGGGGAAAAUGGGAAAAAUGUGGCAGGAUUCCAUUCUAGUCAUCCCGAAUGGUUCGUCGAUGUAUUAUUGUCUUGUGGAAUUUCUUCACCGCUUUUCCCCGAUUUUCCGAACGGGCAAACUGCCCGUUAAUAAUUCGCGAAUAAGAAGAUUAAUUUGUUCUUGUAAGCGUAAAAAGAUUGCUAAAAAAAAAAAAAAAUUACACAACUAACGAUGCGGAUAUAAUUCUUAAGCCAGAUAAAAUGAAUAAGAGUCAAGACUUUUUUAAUCAAAGAAAAAUAAUCGUAAUCAAUUGAAUUAAAAACUUUGCAAAUCAACUGAAAGAUCCAAUCUAACGCGAAAUGAGGCCCGACGAGCUCUUCGACGCCUCUCGACGCCUCGUGCACGCGCGAUUAUGUAGGUGCGCCUUUUGCGGGAGGCACUUUCCACGCGCACCGAGCCCCGACUGAACCUGUAAAAUUCUCAACGGGAAUAUUAAUAGUCAAUUUACUGGUUAGAGAGAAAGAGAGGUCGAAGGGAGAAGGCGUUUAGGAGUAUGUCGUAAGCACUUGUACGAAUAUUGUAAUUAACAUGUGUAUGAGUGUGCCGGCGCGCGCAGUAUUUGCGUCACUGCGCAUCGCUGUAUAAUUGUCCUACCAAUGAUCGUGUUUGCGUAUGGUUUUUCAACGAAUUUGUGAUAUUAAGUUGCGUAUAUAAUAUUUACAACAGUACACACGUCCCGCGUACUAUCGUCGUUCCUCAAUGGCCUGCGAGUACCGAGAGCGCGACGACGUGAUCCAACGAAGCGACAGUCUAAAGAAGAUGCCUUAGGGAAUAUUCGUGAGAUUUAGAAGUUGAUGUCUUCUAGGCGUUUGUUUUGUUUGGAUUUGUGAUAAUUAGUUUUCACGCGACGCGACAUCGUGGCGGUAAUAAUGCCGCCACAACGGUUAUCGAUGGCACGGUUCUAAACCGUUCAAUGCUAAAUUGACGAACGGAAAACUCACUGACGGAAUCUUGAAAAGUAGAGAUAAAGUUCUUCAAGCUACAACGAAUGUCCGACGUAAUUCUAUCAUCCUGUAAUGGGACAGCAAUAAUUCCACUUCGAGCAAUAAGUUGAGUAGCAAUAGAUGCAAUUCUGUUUCGCGAUCUUUAAUUGUAGUUCUCGAAUUUACUUGACGUGUACAUUCACCGUUCUCAUUUUAAUUGAAUUAAUUGAUUGCGAAAAAUGUCAGGAAAAAAUGAAGAAAAAGUAUUUUUUGUUAAAAAUUUAAAAAGAAAUCCACUUAAAAUUUUUUCAAGAUUGCUUAGGAAAAUCCUCGAAAAUCUUUCUACAUCUUAUAAAAAUUUUCUUCAAUUAUCUACGAAUUUCGAGGCUUAUAUAUACGACUAAAUGAAUCUAUUAAAAAAAAAUUAUUAGCUCUCUCGGUGCCCGCACGUCCAAUUCAUCGAAUCCUAUCGUUCGUCCUAGAUCCCUUAGUUUCUCCAGACAUUCCCGUCAUCGACUCGAUCCCGUCAAAGUAGAUUCUAAGCAGAGACAGUAUUUGAAUGAGGUUAUUGGAGGACGAAAGAAUUAUCGUUAAGUAACUGUAUUGAGUAGCGCGCGAGCGCGCGUCGCGUGUGUGCAGUGGCAAAAAAAAAACACACACACACAAACACAAAAAGGCAGCCUAAUUAUGCGAGUGUACACGUCGAUGAGAUGCGAUCGAUCGUUCAUUUAACUUGAGGAUUAAGGACGAAACGUCAUCCUUCUAGUUUAAAUACAAUUAAAAUAAGAUAUUUGUCUUUCUUGUUUUUAAGAUAAUGGAUAUUAAUUAUAUCGCAAAAAAAUUUUCUCGUCGUUAAAUAUCAAAUUCGUCCAACUGCUUGAAAUAAAAAUUACUGUAUACUUGAAUUGGUAAUCAAGUUUCCACUUUUGUAACUCUGUAAAAUUGAUGAAAAUAUCUGCGAUGGCGAUUGAUCGCGUGUCUGCAUAUCGAUGAGGCUCGAACGCUCUUCCAUUCGCUCGACCCGUGCACCUCAGUUGUUUUACGUAAAAGCUUUGAAAACCGUGUACGCGUAUAUGUACACGUCGUAUUUAUAAAAUACGUUGGCUGGAAAAUAUAUGACAGGAAAGCAGAGUCUAAAGAUCUGAAAUUGAAAGAAUGUAGAGAUCGAAACCGAUAUUUCAAUGCCAACAUUUCACAAAAUUAUACACUCUCUAAAUCAGAAUCGGUGAAAACUCGACAAAAUCAGUGGAAAUACACUGACUUUCAGUGAUAUACUUAUAAUCAUUUAUUGAUUACCAAUCAGUGAAGUAAAUACACUGAUCUUUCAGUGAUUAUACACUAACUCUGAAGUGAAAAUUACUGAAUGACAGUGAAUACUCACUGAUUAUCACAGUUAUAAGUAUCCCACUGCGAAUCAGUGAAUAUCCACUGAUUGAAGUCUUCGGUACACAAUAUGAUUUUUCAUGCUAGAUCGCAUACGAGGCGUCUUACUACGUAUCCUCAUUGGCUUACGAUUGGUGACAUAAUCAUCCAAGCCAAUCAGGACACGUAUUAAGACGCCUCGUAUGCGAUCUAGCAUAAAAAAUCGUAUCGCGUGCCGAAGGCUUAAGAUUUAGAGAGCAAAGUAUUUAAAAAAUGUCUAAAACAGAUCUGAAAGAUCAACAUUUUUCUUAAAUAUUUCAGGAUCCUUUUAAAUAUUUUUUUUAUAGAAUCUUCUGAAGAUUUUAAAUCUUUAAAAUUCUCGAGUUUUAAUAAAUAUAAACUUUGACGCAAUAGAUGUGCGAAAAUAUUCUACUUAAAUAAUUAAUAUAAAUUACACGAAAUUAUAAUUGACUAAAUCAGACAAACUUAUCAUUAAUAUAAAAGUUCAAUAAAAUACUUUUUUCUCUCUACAUUUACAAUAUUGAAAAUCUCAAUUAAGUAAUUAUAUAUCGGUUUCGAUGUUUUAUGUAAAAUUCAGGACGUUAAUGAAUAAAUCAGGAAACAGUCCGCAAGAUUGUCGCUCAAGAAAACGUACACGACGAUUUUAUUUGCGACUGACUUCAACCGUACUUAUACAUAACAAAUGAUAAUAUUGAAGAUUUAAUGACGAGUAACAAAAGAACCAAAGACUAUUCAAAAUAAACAAAGUAGUUCAUUUGAGAAAAAAAUACACGACUGUUCGAUGAAGAGAAGCUAAAAUAACGACACGUUCCUUAAGUCCAUUCCAAUGUAUAACUUUUGCCGCGAUUAAUAUAAUUAAUAUUACAAGAUUCGGCUCAAGACACAUUCGUCAUUGUUAAAUUAGAUUAGUCUGUAUGCUUGGUUAGUUCGUGCGUAUAAUCCAAAAAAUUGGCGUCAUAAUAAAAGGCAAAUAAGUUCGAAUGUCCUUUUUAACAGGAAAUUUUUAUAAUAUGAGAAUUUACCACCUAAGUACGUACUUACGGAGUUUUUUAAAACGAUCUCAUUUUAUAUUACAUUCUAUCUACGUAAUUGGAGGUUGUUCCUCGAUAUCUUCGGUUGCGAAAUGAAAACAAGACCUUAUGCUCAUCCUACAUAUCCCCAACUUUUUCUGAGCACUGCCUAAUUGUGCACAAAGGUAUACUUUGUAAACGGGGUACUAUAGGGCCGAGCGCGAGCAAACUCGUACAUAAUUAAUCCGUUCAGUUGAAAAAAAAGAAGAUGAGAGACAGAAAAAAAGCAUGAAGGCAGAAAGCGACACGAAAUUCACUUCACAUCGCAUCUUGCGAAAAACAAUAAAGAACACCUCCGAUAAUUCAUAAAAUUCUUUAACACUAGCUCUAUAAAUAAUUAUUAUUAUUUAUUGUAAAAGAUUAGUAUUUUUAAAACAAAGAUGUUAAGUAUUACGUAAUUGAAUUAAUGUAAUUGAUUAAAGUUAAACAAAAACUGUGCAAUAUUAAUUUCUAAUUUUUCUAAUUUUUUAUUUUACUAAAAUUCUUUUUCUCAAAUUUGUAACGUGCAAAAAAUGUGCUAAAUAUAUCGAUACAUUUGAGAACAAUGUAUUUCAUACAGAAAGAUUCAAUAAAAAAUUUUCACUAGAAUAUAUUAUAAAGCUUAAGAAAUGAAAGGUCAAGAAGCGAGUCAAGACGCGAAUUACAGAAGGCAAUGUAGAAUAAUUUUAGAGAGGUGUUCUUUUUAUUGUUCUGGAUCAGUGUUCUCUCAUAGUGUAGUAUAGUUAAUGAUCAUAAAACGUAAGAUGGAUUUAUUAUAAAGAGAGAGAAGAUGGGAAAAGGAAGGAACAGCUAUAUUUGUUGGUCGACGAAAAGAGAAAGAUCACUGUAAUAUAUACAUAUUAUUACAUAAUGUAACGCUGCCACUGAACACAUCCCGUUAGUACAAUUACCGUAUAUAUAAUAAUAAUAAUAUUAAUAAUCCGCAGUAUACUGGGACACACCGUAUUAUUAAUUGAAUUGAUAUUUAUUAACGAUUAUAAUUAUUAUAUUAUUAUCACUAUAUUACCUAUACCAUUUGUACUUUACACUUCAGUUCGAACGAAAUAAA